AGAGAAAAAGGGCUUGGCGCUUCUGCUCCCCUCCCCCCUUCUUUUUCUUCUUUGUACGGAGAUUGGCCUGGCUUUAUAUAUAAAUAUAUAUAAAUAUAUGGAUCAUCAGUCUUUUUCGACAACGACGGGCCAUGAAUCCAUGCGAUAUGAUAUGGGCCAUUACCCCGCACAGCAACAAUCACCGACACAACCUUUUGGAGUAACUCAACCUGUGCCUAUACCACCAAAAUCAGCUCAUGCGAAUACGUUUGUCCAUAAAUUAUACAAGUAAAAAACCUUUCAGAUAUAAAAAAAAAUAUUUAGUGUUUGUUUACAUAUAACCCAGAUAACUUACUUGAAAUUAAAUAAUAAAAAUAAAUUAAAAUGAAAAUUUAAAAAUAGUAUGGUGGUUGACACUCAAUUUCAACAUCUCAUUGCAUGGAAUUACACUGGAGCCUCCUUCAUUGUUUGCAACAUUAUGGAAUUUGCGCGCGAUGUCUUACCCAAGCACUUUAAACACAAUAAUUUCUCUAGCUUUGUCCGACAACUCAACAUGUAUGGAUUUCACAAGGUGAACAAGUCCCCACGUGGUCAUCGAACACUAGCAGAAAAUCAAAUCUGGGAAUUCUCUCAUCCAAAGUUCUUACGAGAUCGACCUGAUUUACUGGACGACAUUAAGCGCAAAACGAUGGAAUCUGAUACUGUACGACGUGAGACCGGAGACUUGCAUGCUCAUUUGGCAAUGAUGCAGGUGUCCCAAUCAGAUAUGCUACAACAAAUAAACCAUCUCUAUGAUACUUUUAGUCAAAUUGUCAAGGAACUUCAUGAUACAAAGGAAAAGCAGCAAUCCCAUGUUAAACUCGUCAAGCAGAUCAUGCACUACAUCACCCAACAGAAUGGCGGUCAGUUACCUCAGGAUUUGCAUACUGAAUUUAAGAAGCUCGAGUUAGACACCACCUCUCCUCCAUCUAUCUUUGUUACGACGCAUGAUCAACAGCCUUCGUUUUUUGAAAAUCAACCUCUCGUGCCUUCACAACGUCCACGAAGAAAUAUGAACAAUCUUAUGCCUUUAUCCUCCUCUUCCUCCUCCUCUUCAUCCACAUUUAGAGCUACCCCUUCUAGUCCAACCAUGUUAUUAUCCUCUUCUGAUGAAGAGAAUCAUUCCUCUUAUUAUUCCACAACUAAUACUCCAUCAGGUCAAACAUUAUCUACAGACUCUGCCACUCGACCUUUUUCCUUUAUAAAUAAUAAUAACUCCAACAUGAAUGGUUAAAGCUAUCCCAUCUGCAUAUACACACACACAUCUGAAUAAUAAAUAAAUAAAUAAAAUGGUCUUAUUGAUACAGUUAA